GUUAAUGAGUAACAGUCCCCUUUCCCAACACUUCUACAUUGCUGCCGAAGCAGUAUGAAAACAUACUGCCAACUUUGUGACACACUAUCUCAGUUAAGGUUUUGAAGCUCUUCAGUUUGCAGAGUUGCAAAGUUGCAGGUGUGGGGAAUAUGCCAAAAGAAAAUGACAAUAUUGCAAGGCGCCCUGACAGCACAGCCUUUAAGCAGCAGAAGCUUCCUGCUUGGUCUCCCUCUCUUACUGCCGAGACUGUGCUGCCAUUUUUCUUCCUGAUCGGAUUGCUGUGUGUUCUCACUGGGGCCUGGCUGCUUGUCACUGUUGCUGCAACCCACGAGAUUAAGAUUGACUAUACAAACACAGGUAACUGCUCUGAUUGCUAUGAACUACGUGAAAACAGAUUGAAUUCAACCAAAGACUGUCAAUGCACUGUCACCUUCUCUCUCCCAGAGCAAAUUGUUGGUGAUGUGUAUGUCUACUAUGGGUUAAUCAACUUCCAUCAAAACCUCCGGCGAUACAUGGACUCAAGGGACGAUGCACAGCUUGUAGGUCGUACAUUCAACCUAAAAAAUCCAUCAAGCACCUGUGCACCAUUCGACAAAUAUAAACAUGGCACUCCCAUUGCACCUUGUGGAGCUAUUGCAAACAGCAUGUUCAACGAUUCCUUUCAGCUUGUCUUCCACCCCAAUGAAGGGAUGGCCAUGUCUGUGCCUCUCCUGCGGACUGGGAUUGCAUGGUACACUGACAAAAAUGUGAAGUUUAGGAACCCAGGGCCAUAUAAUGAAAGCCUUUCUGCUGUCUUUGCAGGAACAAGUCAGCCAUUCUAUUGGCAGAAGCCAGUUUUUGAGCUGGAUCCAACAGACACCAAGAACGAUGGUUUUGUAAAUGAUGAUUUCAUUGUUUGGAUGAGGGAGGCAGCAUUCCCGAAUUUCAAGAAACUCUACGGCAGAUUGAGCCGCUUUGCAGCAUUCGCUGAUGGACUCCCCGGAGGAAACUACAGCAUCCAGAUUUCCUACAAUUUUCCUGUAAAAUAUUUUCAAGGCAAAAAGCUUGUGAUCCUCUCCACAGUGAGCUGGUUUGGUGGUCAGAACAGGUUCCUGCCCAUUGCCUACACAGUGACGGGUGGUGUCAUCUUGAUAGUAGCUAUGAUACUAACCGGCUUCCAUCUGAAAUUUGGGAAAAGGGGCUUGUACCUUGAAGAUUGAGCCUCCUUUGGGAAGAAUACGUUUUUGAGCCAGUAGUUGACUGAA